GUACAUACAUAGUAGAAGUAAUUCAUGCACAAAUUUCCCUGCAAGAAUUUCACCGACAUCAAGCGCCACGAUGGGUAUUGCUUUUCCACGUGUGCUCACCGUCCGUGAAUUCCAACAUUUCGCCGACGAUGGUAAAUUCUAACGAGGCAAAACAUUGUUCUUGCAUGGAAAUGCAGAGGGCAAAACAUUUUUCCUGUAAACAAAUGUCCGUGGCGCACUCGGUAUGGUUUGGUUUCCAUGUUUUCCCUUGAGAAUUGACGCAUUUCAAAAUGAUAGCCAUCUAUAAGUGGUCGUAGAAUGUAUAACGUGGAUCAUCGCUUCCCGGGUAGAGGUAAAAUACUGACGAUCAAAACAUGAUAUUGGCUUGAUUGAUAUAAGAGAUAAAAGAUCUGAAAAUAAUAUCUGAAAAAUGUUCCUGGAACAUCUGAACAAUAUCAAAAUUUGAUAUUUCAAGAUCAUACGAAUAGCUCGCUGCUAUUGGCUAGAUCUUACAAAAUCUAAAUAUGAUUUGAUGAUGAUCUUCCAAGAGUAAAUUUUUGAUUUUAUUUUUAGAUCUUUUAUCUCUUUAUCUCUUUAUGUCAAUCAACCCCAUAUCACUUUUUGAUCUCCAUAUCAAAAUAUGCUAUUAUUGAGUUCUUUUCCUCUACUCGGGUUGUAUAUUGUAAGGGUACAGUCUCCGGUCCUCUUCGACCGCAAAAAAAUCCUCGCUGAUCCUUAUCGGUCAAUUAUUUUCGCCUACCAUUUUUUCAGCGCCCUUGUGACAUAACCAGCCCAACGCAGCCUUGAGCUUGAUACAACUCGUGAUUCAUGCAUUAUCGCCCAAGAUGCAAUGGAAUUAUUGAAAUUUGAUUCUUCAGCUGUUGCAAAAACCUUCUACCUUUUACAAUGCGCAGCAGGUGCAUAGUGGCAGCAGCAUUCCUGCCGGACGGAGGACGAAAAAAGCAAUACCGGACAUUGUGUUAUUGUUCCAUUACCUUUGGGACCUACAUCCUCCAUAGCCGUCUGGGACCAAGUGCAACAGGAUCUGCUUGCUAUGCAGAGGCAUACGAGAACACUAGUAAUUUUCCAACGGUGGUGCGAUGGCAACGUGUGCUUUCCGAGCCAUUUAUUUAUUCGACCGACAAAAUGAUACACGUGGGCAAAGUACCACCAGUGGAGUGGUGGGAACACAGAGGCGUACGAGUCGAGAGGGUCAUCUUCUCCAUGUAUAAUCUAUGAUUAUUUUUUUAAUAGUAACUGCCAUUCAUCCAUCGGCAUUUUAAAAUAAUCUAUUAGUGUGUAGGACCUAAAGGCUUUCGGGCCUAAGCCCUUGUUGUUGUUUCUUUGUGAUACAUUUAUUAAAAUUCCUUCUGAGGAUCCUGUCGAAUUAUGUCCAAUGCCGGAUCUGAAGUUCAUUAGAUUUGCCUUCUUCUCAUAUUUUUAGGAUGGAUCAGAAGUUUCAGUCCUCUGUAAGUACACACAGAAAGAAAUUUUGAAAACUACACUUGAUGUACAUAUUAGACUAUUUGAAUAUCUAUUUCAUUGCAUUCGAUAUUACAUAAAAGAAUUUGUUGCACGCAAAAUUAUAAGCGAGGUACAUGCUGCAGACAAACUGUGAUUUUACAGUCCGAUGGAGAAUUGUGUCGAAAAUGAUUUAGGUAAUUUUGCGAAUUCGAUGUAAUAAUUUUGAACUGUGUAGUUGCUGAGUCGAAUUUUACUAUACAUUUUGAUAUUGCAGCACUUCCUAAGUAACCAUAAGCAUUAAUAAUAAUUGGUCUCAAAUCAGCAUUGGUGGUACUUAUAAGAGAGAAUUCAGCAUUAACAAUGUAAAUAAGCGCAGUACCAGCAUUUACAAAAUAUAAAAGCCCUUGUAUUGCGGUGAUGAUGCUGAUAAGGCCGCAUCAUGUUUGUCAUGUAUGGCCAAAUCGACAAGGGAGCAACUUCAACACACCCGAUGUACCUAGUUCGCGACGUAUGCAAGAAAUUUCCAUCACUACAUAUCACGAAGAGGAUGGAGCAAUUAUCGUAUUCCAAAGGUAGAAGAUCAUAGAACAUUACACUAAUGGAAUGUGAUCCCGCCCAAACCCCUAAGUUUUGUCAUUUUCGUUUCCUAAGUCCCAUAUUUUCAUUCAUCGCUUUAGUUUGUUUUGAUUAUCAUCUAUUUGGCUGCGUGCAAGGCUGCGUACCAUGAAGGGCGAAAAAACUGACGUUUGUCCUAUUGUCGAAUUGUAGCACUUGCAAUGCAGUGCUGGGCUUCCAUUUCUGCAUUCUAGCAGCAAGCUAUUUUGCCAUUUCUGGCAUUAUAUUAGCAUUACAUGAACAUUUAAAGCAAGGAUGCACAAAAUGAUUGCAUUGAAUGCACAAAUAAUGCUGAUAGAAUGCAGCAUUUUAGUGCUUACUGCCCAAGCAGGAGAAAAUAGCUGAAGAAUAAUUAACUCAGGUAUGGAAAACCGAAUGCCUACAACCUAAAUGAGGUAUUAAGUAGCCCUGCAUAAGAGGUAAAAUACCUAAAAUAAUAACUGGUGUGUAUUCUGUGCAUAACGCGUGAAUAAUGAUAUCAGGUAUGGCAAUACCUAAAUAAUAAUCAGCAAUAUAUCCAUACAAAUAGCAAUUUUCCCAUAAUUCAAUAAUACCUCAAGCAGUCCUCAACACCAAACCAAUAACUCGUUCAGGUAUUGUAUCAAUACCUACAAAAUACCAAAAUAAGUUAUUUUCAAUACCUGGACAACCGACCAAUACCUUGUCUUGGUAUGAUACCUGACUUUGGUAUGCUCUAGUUAUGUGGCAGUUAUUCAUUCCUGCUCGGGUGGUUACUUGGGUUGCAGCUCCGAGUCAAAGUUUCGAGGGCAUUGUUAAGUAUUCACCUAUGGCAAAGGUUCGAUAUUGCUACCAAAAAUCUAUUUCAUGGUCGAAUAAUUUGUCAUCAUGUUUCCGCCAUGUUGUUUUGAUUAUAGGAUUCGACUGGAUGACUGUUGAUUUUUCCUAGAGAAAUUCGGCUUGCAGUCUGAUAAAUUGCGUUGAUUAAUUGUUUAUCAUCGCCGACGUUUCGGUCCGGCUAUUGGACCAUCUUCAGGACUUAAAUAUUUUAUUAAAAUUGGCACAAAUUAACAUUAAACACAUAAAUUUACAUUACACAAACUCACUCGAUACGCUAAUCAACAAGUUACACAAUUUGGUUCAAAUUUAAAAUUGUCGGGUUGAAAAAGGUCACGCCGUCUGGUACGCGUUUGGGCCAUUCGUUCCGAUCUAGGAAAAUCCCUAGCUGGCGCCCGGGUACUAGGGUAUAUGUACCAUUCCUUGGCCUAAUUUGUAAGCCGCCUUGACAAUUUUGACCAAAACUCAUCAAUUAAUAGCACUAGAAAUAAUAUGUUGACCAUAUUACACACUCUAGGCAAUGCUUGUUUCACCAAUUGGAAGUAAACUAACGUAAAUAUUCAAGAAUUUACUUAAUUAAGUUGAAAAUAUUCGAUGCGUUGGUAUGCAAUGUUGGUCUAUGGUACAAAACUUGGCCUAUUAGUGGAUACAACGUUGGCCUAUUGCUUUCCAUGCACUAGAACCACUUAUUAUCUCAUUUUUUUCAAUAUUUUUUCUGAAGUAUUAUCUCUGUUUGUUCACCAAUCUUACUUUUAAUUUUCAUUUUCGGAGCCAAAUUUUCAAAAAACUAUAAAUAUAUUACUUAAACUAAAGUUUUUUUUUCUUCUAAAUUUAGUAAGGAAAACAACGCAACCCUAUUAUUGUGUUAUAUUUUUACAGUCACCGCGCACAAAAUCUUGCUUCCUUUUCGUUCUUUCUGGUUCUUACGCAAGCAAUGUUGUUGACGUCACUUUAUCGGUGUUGUUGACGUCACUUUACUGAUGGGCCAAGAUUUGGGUACAUAGUGAAAAAAAUGUCCUCAAUAUUCGGCCCACAUUCAAUUUGUAAAAUAGUUACUAUUCGUUGAAAACAAAUAUACAAGUUCAAAAUAGCGUCUUUGACCGUCGCAUCAAAUGUUCAGUUAUUGAAAAGUCGAUUCGAAAUGUUCCAAAAUCAUGCCAAUAAUGAUCAUGUGUAUAGACUACCCACUAAGCCGAAGAAUCAUGGCGUCUACAAAACAUAAACAAAGUGACAUUUUCAUUCGAUUUCAACAAUCCAAAGUGCUCAAAUUGAAACGAAAUGUUACAGUUGUUUGGCGCAUAGCUUUUCCGAUAUCCAGUUAUGCGUGUUUGUUUGAGUUUUUGGUUUACGUUGAGAUAGGCCAAACGUGGGAACUAUGCCAACGAAGCAUCCCGAUACCCUACCUGCCGGUGCAGAUGGUCGCCUCUACUGAUCAGCUGUUUAUCCGUGUGUGUAUUAGCCGACGGUGUCAUCUUGUGUGGUGUGUCUCGCAUCAUUGUAUUGGUUUCUCGAUCCAUCUGUGCGUCUGUUUUCUCUCCGGAGAUCGUCUACCGAUGCGAUGAGAAAGCUGUAGGUAGCGCUCAUGUCUUCCGUAUCGGUGCGACGGUUCACCGUUUGUGGAGUGGUGAGAAUGUGGAACAUUUCCAAAACACAAGACAUGAGCGCUAUCUACAGCUUUCUCAUCGCAUCGGUAGACGAUCUCCGGAGAGAAAACAGACGCACAGAUGGAUCGAGAAACCAAUACAAUGAUGCGAGACACACAACACAAGAUGACACCGUCGGCUAAUACCAGUACACACGGAUAAACAGCUGAUCAGUAGAGGCGACCAUCUGCACCCGUGCGCCAGCUAGGGAUUUCCCAAAUCCGAUCGAAACGAAUGGUCCAAACGUGUACCAGACGGCAUGACCUUUUUCAACCCGACAGUUUUGAAUUUGAACCAAAUUGUGUAACUUGUUGAUUAGCGUAUCGAGUGAGUUUGUGUAAUGUAAUUUUAUGUGUUUACUGUUAAUUUGUGCCAAUUUUAAUAAAAUAUUUAGGCCCUGAAGAUGGUCCAAUAGCCGAACCGAAACAUCGGCGAUGAUAAACUAUUAAUUAACGCAAUUUAUCAGACUGCAAGCCGAAUUUCUCUAAGAAAAAUCAACAGUCAUCCAGUCGAAUCCUAUAAUCAAAACAACAUGGCGGAAACACACACGUCUUUGUCAUCAUGGUUACUCCAAGUUACUCACUGAGUGACCUGAGCUUUUGAGGUCAUUCAAAAAUUUAGCCCUCGAAAAUAUAAGAAGAGGGGUCUCCAGUUAGCCUAGUGGAUAAGGAUAUGGAUCGCCAAUCCGAAGACGGGCGGGUUCGAUUCCCGUUGCAAUCGGGAAAAAUUCUCGACUCCCUGGUCAUAGUGUACCAUUGUCAUUGCCUUACAAUAUACAAAUUCAUGCAAUGGCAGGCAAAGAAAGCCCUUCUAUUAAUAACUGUGGAAGUGCUCAAAGAACACUAAGUUGAAGCGAGGCAGGCCAAGUCCCUGUGGGGACGUAGAGCCAUAAAGAAGAAGAAGAAGAAAAAGAAGAAGAAUAUAAGAAGAACAAACCUAUAAAAAGCUUCUCAGUGAAAUUAGGAAUUGAUAUAAGAAGAUCGCAUAGGAAUUUAUCUAUAUUUUACGCCUUUUAGGACCAUGCACAGCAAAUGCGGCAAGGGAGGGGUUCUGCGUAUUUCCAGUAAAUGGAACUAACUGAGAAUCGUCCUGGAAUUUUUCCAGAAUUAUAUUCAUGGAUUACCCAACAAAUUCCUCCUGAUUCAUUCGUAUUAUUUCCAAGUUUUUGUUCAGUUCCUCAAGGAUAUCUUCAAAAAUUCAUCCAAAACUCCUCCAGGUAUUUCUUCAGAAAAUCCUCCAGCGAUUCUUUCAGAAAAUCUUCCAGAGAAUGCCAUGUAUGACUUUGGAGAUUUAUCUUAGAAAUCUUCAAGACAACUUCCAUUGAUUCCUUCAGAAAGUUUUUAAUUUCCUUCAGAAUUGUUUCCAAAUUUUUCUGAAGAUUACCCCAUAAGUUAAUCUAAUAACUUUUUUAUAAAACCUUUCCUGUUUUUUUUAUUGCUCCAUGGACUCCAUUACAAAAUCCUCCAGAAAUUCUUUUAUUUUAAAUGUUCUUUUCCACAUCUUCCAUGAAUCACUCCAAUGUUUUCUUUUGAACUUUCUGAGGAAUUUUUUGUUAGAGGAUCCUUCAGAAAUUUCUGCAAAAAAAAUCUAUUGAAAGCCACAGGAAAUUUUCGUAAAGUCAUUGUCUAAGUCUUAGAUUCUAUGAGCAGCACUUCAAUCUUAUCUCAGAAUUUUACCAAAUAACAAGCAUUGUUGAAUUGCUAAGUUUUGUAAUUUUUAUUCAUGUAAUACAAGAACAUUCUCCAGUUAGCCUAGUGGUUAAGGAUAUGGAUUGCCAAUGCUGAGAUGGCGGGUUCGAUUCCCGUUCCGAACGGGAAAAUUGUCUCGACUCCCUGGGCAUAGUGUAAGAUUGUACUUGCCACACAAUGUGCAAAUUCAUGCAAUGGCAGGCAAAGAAAGCCAUUCAAUUAUUAACUGUGAAAACGCUCAAAGAACACUAAGUUGAAGCGAGGCAGGCCAAGUGCCAGUGGGGACGUAAAGCCAUAGAGAAGAAGAGAAGAAGAAGAAGAAGAACAUGUAUAGGGAAUUCCUGCAGGAGUUCCUCCAGGGAUUGAUUCGUAAAUUUUUUCCAGGGGUUGCUCCGCGAAUUCCUCUAUAGUUUCUCUAGGAAUUUCUCCAGGCAUUCCUCCAUGAAUUCGUCCAGGAAUUGCUCCAAGAAUUUCUCCAGAAAUUCCUUCCGAGAUUUAUCCUGGAAUUCCUCCAGUGAUUCUUCAAGGAGUUCCUCAAGGAAUUCCUCCCAAGAUUCAUCCUGGAUUACUUCAAAAAUUCCUCCAGAGAUUCAUCUUGAAAUUCCUCGAGGGCUUCCUCUAGAAAUUUCUUCUCCAUCGAUUGCUUCAGGUAUUCCUCCAGGAAUUCUUCCAGGCAUUUCACCUGAUUUUUUUAGUCAUGUUGCCAGACAUUUCUCCAGGAAUUUUUCUAGGAUUUCAUCCAGGAACUUAUCUAGAAUUUUUUUCAGAGAUUCCUUCAGAAAUUCCUCCAGGGAUUCCUCCAAGAAUUUCUCAAGGGAUUCCUCCGGGAACUCUUCAAGGGAUUUCCCCAGGGAUUCCCUUCAAGAACUCCUGCAGGCGUUGCUUCAUCAAUUCCUCCAGGAAUUCCUUCUUAAAUUCGUUCAGAAAUUUCUCUAUGUACUCCUCCAAGAACUCCUCCAAGGAUUCUUUCAGGAAUUCCUCAGGGGAUUGCUCCGUAACUUUUUCCAAAGAUUGCUCCAGGAAUUCCUUCAAAGAUUCCUUCGGGAAUCCCUGCAGAUUUCUCCAGAAAUAUCUCUACAGAUUGCUUCAUGUAUUUCUUCUGGAAUUCUUCCAGGCAUUUCUCCAAAAGUUUCUCCAAGAGUUUCUCCAGGCAUACCUCCAGGAAUUCUUCCAAAACAUACUACAAUAGUUCUACCACGGAUUUAUCCAAAAAAUCUUUCUGAAAUUUCUCCAACGAUUCCUCCUGGAAUUCCUCCAGUGAUUGUUCAAGGAGUUUCUCCAGGGAUAACUCCAGGAUUUCUUCCAGGGAGUGAUCCAGGAAUUCCUCCAGGAAUUCCUCCAGGGAUUCCUCCAAGAACUUUUCAUUCAGAUUCAUCCAGAAUUUUUUCCAAGGAUUUCUUCAUGAACUCCUCUUUGGAUUGCUCCAUAAUUUCCUCCAGGGAUUGUCCCGGGAAUUGCUUCAACGAUUCCUCAUGGAAUUACUCUGAUAAUUUCUUCAAAGAUUCCUCUUGGGAUCUCUUCAAAAAAUUAUUCAGAAAUAUCAGAAAUCCUAUCAUCAUCUUUUACAGAGAUGCACCCAAGAAUUUCUCCAGGUAUGCCUCCAGAAAUACCAGCAGAUUUUUUCAAAUCUAGAUCAGCAUUUGAAAAGGGCUGAACAACCAUUUCACGACUCAGCUUCUUCCUCCUAAGCGUAUUUCAGUUUAUAUAGCCCGUUAUCAGAUAAAAGGGAGCCUGCUCUACCUGUUACUAGUCAAAGAUUACCUGAAAUAGGACAUACGCUCAGAAGGAAUAGGAGAAGCAGAAAAUCGCAAUGGUUGUUACACGCUUUUCAAAUGUUAGUCCAGAAAUUACUUUGAGGAUUUCGUCAAAGAAGGUUUCCUUAAGAAUUCCUCCAAAGGUUUUUUCAGGAUUCCAUACGGAAAUAAUUUCCGGAAAUCAUCCACGGAUUCCUUCAGACAUGGUUUAAGCGAUUCUUUAAGCAAAUCGAAGGUUCUUCAAGAAAAUUUUCCAAAGAUAGAAAAUCAUUCACAAACCUCUCCAGAAAUUCUUUCAGUGAUUCUUUAAAAAAAAAAUCCUGGAGAUUCUUUCAGAAAUUUCUUAUGCGAUUCCUCCAUGAAUUUGUCCAAAAAAUUCUUCUGCAGGUUUUAUUCAUAAUUGAUCCAUGGAUUCCUCAGUUAUAUCCCAGAAAUUGGGUCUUAAAAUCUAUCAAGGUUUAUUUCAGAAAAUUCACCGCCGAUUAUUUUUCCUGGUAAUUCUUCCAGAGAUUCUUGAAGAAAUUUCUCCAGGGCUUCCUUCAGAUAUUCCCUGAUAAAUUUCGGAAGAAGUUACUCUACACAUCCUUUUAGAUAGAUUUAUAUGGGUUCGUUCUGAAACUCCACUAGGAAAACUCCACUAGGAAUUACUGUAGAAACGAAUCUUCACUUUCAAUAAUUCUGGCAGGAAUGCCUCCAGAAAUUCCUGCGGGAGUUCAUACAGAGAUUCCUUAAGAAUAAAGACUGGACUCGAAAAACAUGAGACACCCAAAAUAAUGUAUAACUUUUGAUUGCGUUCACAAAAAUAGCUGAUUUUUUAACCAGGAAUAGCAUGUUAUGUGUAGUUAACCCUGAAAGGGAUACCUGGAGUCCAUUGGACCCCAGGCACCUUUCAGAGCUCGUCUUCGAUGGAAUGGAACACACUCAGCGAGGUGACGAAACUGAGGCCAUUUUAGGGUUAAUGCCCUAAAAAUUUCAUCAAAAUCGGUUCAGUAUUGGCGCAAAUAUUGUCGAUUUUGAUGAAAUUUUUAUGGUAUUAGCCAGUGAAUCAAAAUUCAGCCAUCGCGCAACAAUAAUGACAAUGUCGCAACCUGUAUUUGUUGCGACAAACAAACCCAUGCGACAUAAGUUUGUCCCAAUUUGAAAAUAAUGGGAUUAACAUCGUACACCACGAGUUUAGAGAUUUUUAAGCCUUGCAUUGCGAUUUUCGAACGGUAACUUCGAGUCGGUAAACACUGCAACUCUGGUGAAGCUCUAUCAUCAAACAGUUUCGACUUUGGGUUAGCAAUAAUUGAUUAUUCACGAGUUGAAAAAUACGCAACAAAUUCAGCUUCCGUUUUGUCUGCAACAAAAAAUUUCGAGAUCAUGUCAUUAUCUGUUACCAGUAGGGAUAAAGAGUAAUCGUCGCACCGUCUUUGUUGCUUGUUUUGUGCCUCUUUUGUCUGACAAUUCUCUUCACUGGUAUUAGCUACACAUAAUGUACUAUUCCUGGUCUAAAAGCCAACUAUUUUUGUGCACGCAAUCAACAGUUAUACAAUAUUCUUUUUGCAAUUUCUCAUCGUAAUAGGCUGUUUUACCUCAUGCAAAUCUGACAGGAAAAGGCCUACUUUCCUACACCAAAUUAACAGUGCUGUAAUGGUUCAUUACAGCACUGAUUUGCGUUGCGUAAUGAACCAUUACAGCACUGUUUUCAGUUUUGAUCAACUUCUUGGUGCUUUCUGGAUGUACUUUUGAAAAAUUGUGACAACUGCACAGUAUAACCUGCUAUGAUCAGAUUUUCUUAAACAUGACUAUGAGCAUCAGUAUGCAGUUUGAUGAAAAAUUUUGUUCAAGCGGUAACACAAGUUUACAAAAUAAAACGAAAGUCGUGAACUUCUGUCAACGACCAAAAUUUUUGAAGCUCAAUUUAGUGCUGAUUUCGAAACCGACCUUCAAAAAUUUUUAAGUAGAACAGUUUUUGAGUUUUAGCUCAAUAUCGAGUUUUGCAACUUUUCAAAAUAUAUAAUUUAUUUAAAUUCAAAUAUAUUGCGUUUUGUUAAACCAAUUUUAAAUCUUUUUCCAUAAAUUGAAAGCUGAAUACAAUACCAUUCGAUCAUCCGAAUACAGGUUUUGCGUCAGAUUGAUGAAAUUCAAGAUAUU